UGGAGAUGGCUUGGUUAUAUUUCAUGUCCCGUCUCAAGAAUCAGGAGAAAUAGCUGUUCUCAUCUGGUCUUUAUUAAAGUUUUCAGUGUGGAUGGUAAUCAAAACUACGAUUGUCUGUGGGGUUUUUUAAAAUCCCUAAAUGGACUGGAGAAUGGCCCCACCUCCUUUGCCUCAGUCAAGAUCUUACAGCACACCUUUACUAUAAAAAGGCACUGGACUACUUGAAAUCUCCCAGCUAAGAAUUUGGAUCUUUGACAUCUGGAUUAAUUCGCUUUCCAGGAUUCCUGCUAUGAUCUCUACAAAGCACCAGAUGUUCCCUAAAAUGGCUCAAAAAUUAACAGAAGAGGAAGAGGACUACCAUGACAAUUCUUCUCUAUUACCUGACUCAGGUCCACGUGUAUUUAAAAUAUUGCCCAAAUGGGUUUCAAAGGCUUCCUACUACUUUGACAAAGAACAUUAUUUUUAUGCUGACCAUAAGAUCGUCAUUCAAGAAUCCAUUGAAUGCUUUGGAGCUGUAGUGUGGCCUGCUGCCCUUGCUUUAUGUCAGUACCUGGAAUCAAAUCAAGAGGAAAUUGACUUCAAAGAAAAGAAAGUCCUUGAAGUUGGAGCUGGGACAGGUCUAGUGUCUAUUGUGGCAAGUAUAUUAGGAGCUUUUGUCACAGCUACUGACUUGCCUGAGGUACUUGAAAACUUGGAGUUCAAUAUUACUAGGAAUACACAGAAUCUAGACAUUCACAAGCCUGAAGUGAGGAAGCUCAUUUGGGGCACGAAUCUCCAUGAAGACUUUCCCAAAGCAACCCACCAUUAUGAUUUCAUUGUGGCUACUGAUGUUGUCUAUCAUCACACUGCUCUAGAUUCUCUGCUGGAUACACUUUACUAUUUAUGCCAGACUGGGACAACGUUGCUUUGGGCAAAUAAAUUUAGAUUCAGCACAGAUUAUGAAUUUUUGGACUCAAUGAGCAACAUAUUCAAUAUGACCCAGCUAGCGGAAUUUCCCGAGUCAAGUAUCAAGUUGUUUAAGGGCACCAUCAAAGAGAAUUAAAAUGAGGAGGCAGAAUCCAGACUGAAGUGCAAAAGCAGAGAUCUUAUCAGAAGAGUCUGAUUCUUAAACUUUCAAGACUUAACCCUUUCAAUUAGGUACUUAUUUGAAGCUUUUCUCAAAGACAAGUUGUUUCAACAAAAGAAUAGAUAAUAGGAAGCCUGGACCUCUUGGUUACGUUUCCCCCUUAGCUAUGCCCAUGUCCGGCAUCUGACACAUUCUGGCAUUCCUUCAGCAGUCCCUGACCUUUUUGAUUUCGUGGAAGCCAACUUUUCCACGGACCGGGGGAUUAGUGCAGGGGUGCUAUUCAGUAGGUUCUAGAGAACUGGUAGAACUGGAAGAUACCAUCUCUGGCUGGCCCCAGAGUGGGGUGGGAAUGGAGAUUUUGCAAUAUCCUUCCCUCAGGAGUGGGGAGGGAAUGGGAAUUUUGCAGUAUCCUUCCCCUGCUACGCCCACCAAGCCACACCCACAGAACCAGUAGUAAAAAAAAGUUGAAUUUCACCACUGGAUUAGUGGUGGGGAUUUCGGUUUUGCUUGCUCACCCACCGCUCACCUUCAGCUGUGCGGCCUGGUUCCUAUCAGAGCAUAGACCGGUACAGGUCCAUGGUCCAGAAGUUGUAGACCCCUGGUUUAAUAAAUAUUUAUAAAUGAAGGCUUGAAACUCUAUGUAUCUAAUCACAUUGUUGGAUUAGAAACAGAAAGGAGAGGAGGUUCACUUUGAUCCUACAAUAUGUCCUCAUAAACCAAGAUUCCCAAGAUAAAUUGCCAUUAGUACACCAUGAAAAAUAGGAGUUUGUACUUUUUCUGAUUAGAAUACAAGAAAAUGUGAGUGUAUAGUCCUCUAACAGAUCCACAUUGCUGAAAAAUUAAAACAGAUUUCAAAUUUCUUCGAUAUUUUAUUUUUUAAAAAAUUAAACCAUGAGUACUCAAACCUUUGAUAUUUAAAUCUGCACAUUUAUUCUGCAGUUUUAUGUUUUUCAAACAUUAUUAACAUGUAUGUAUAAGUUUUACAAUACCUGAUUAAGUGUUAACUGACACUUUAUACACGUAUCGGUUUUUGCCAAUACUCUGCAUCAUGUGGAUAUUUGUGAGCAUCUCCAAAUUGAAGAUAUCCAAGAGCACCUUUGCAUCAGUAAUUCAGAACACAUUGUUAGUAAGUGUGGAAGUUAUUCUUUUAAAAAAUAAAAUAAAAUGUAAACUCUUGCAAAUGA